UACAGGCAUGGUCAGCAAACGCUGGGGUGGAGAAAAUAAUAGAGUGCUUUGAAGACUUACAAUAGAGCACCGGCGACGCUUCCCAGCUGGACCAUGGAUGAAAUGGUGCCCUUGACGCUGGCAAGCGCACCCUCGUCGAGGUCAUCAAUGCCGAGUGACUGCUUGAAAGCGUGCGAGUUGAAGACGCCGGUGAUGAGACCCUCAUCGACACCACGGGCGGCACCGAGCAGACCAAAGGCAAAGACGGCGAACCAGAGCUUGAAAUUGAGGGUCUCCUUGGGCAGUCCGCCCGUGUUGAACUUGAAAACGUUGAUAGCAGAGCCCCCAGCCAUGGCGAAUGCUGUUCCUUGCUGUGUAAGAGGGUAGACCAGCAGGCAUGGCGGGGUCUUUUAUAGCCCCAGAACCAUGUGUCUGGCAGCAACAAAGAAGCACCGAUAGCCGGCCAAAGGGUCUUGUGAGAUAUGUGCCUCAUGCUGCUGUUCUCAGCUUGGUAUUAUCUCCGGCACGCCGUCAUUCGCCAUCAACGCAGUCGAGCCAAAGCAGACCCCACGCCAAGUAGCCCAAGCAUCCCCAUCUCCAGGCUGGGGCGAAUCAGGGUCUGCCCCGAGCCAGAUGGCGCUCCCCAGGGUCUCAGACCCCGCGGAGAAGGAUCGCAAAUCCCUUCUCCAAUUCCAGCCGGACAACUUCCGAGAGCGCCUCAAUCGUUGGCUGACGCGGAGAAACAUCGGGACUGGCAGUGGAAGGGGGAGUUAUCAAGAAGCACCGAAAGAAGACAGCAGACCAGACAAUAUGCAGCUGGGCCAAACCGCCAGGAAGGACAGCUCAUGCCACAGAAAUACCGAACGCCUGCCGUCGAGUGGUUAACUGGAAGAAAGGGACAAGCUCUCUCAGCCCGCCUUCGCAGGACUUGGCUCGCUCUGACUGCCCCGAUGGUCGCACUCGGCAUUGUUGAAUCUCGAGCAAGGGAUUCGGCUUGCUCUGUGGCACAGCCACACCCCAGGUCAACUGUUUCCAAAGCAUGGUUCACACGUGGUGUCCCAACGACGCAGUUUGCGGUGUAGAAUGCAGGUAUGGAACCCUCCAUCGGGACUUCUCGCGCAACGAGACACUCCGCCCAUUUUCGUGCCCCAGAAAUACAGCUAUCCUGCGUUCUUCC